AUGGCUUCGCUGCUGGCGCUGCUGGCGCUGCUGGCCCUGGCCGGGCCCGUGGCGACCAACUGGGACACCUGCAGAGGAACCUGCGGCCUCCGGCCCUUGGCGUUYGACCACAGCUCCGCCGUUCUGGAUUACGACCCCUGGGAUGAUUACGGGGUUUUGGGAACUUACGACGCCUCUUUUCGCGCCAUGGACGGCUCCGGUGUCCCCGCGGGGACCUGGCCCGGCAUCGUCAGCAUCCAGGCCACCCUGGGCAACGGGACGUGGCACAUGUGCGCGGGGGCACUCAUCCACCCCCAGUGGGUGCUCACGGUCGCCCAUUGCUUCUUUAGGGCCAGCGACAUUUCCGUUUGGGAGGUGCUGAUCGGGGCCACCGACCUGACCGAGCCCCACGCUCUGACCGAGCAGCGCCGCAUCCGGCAGCUCCUGGUGCACGAGGAGUACGAGGCGGCCACGGCGUGGAACAACAUCGCCCUGCUGGAGCUGGAGCGGCCCGUGGAGUGCAGCGACUACAUCCAGCUGGCCUGUGUGCCCGACAGCACCCUGGCAGUGCCCGAGCUGAGAACCUGCUACAUCGCGGGCUGGAGACCCUCCCCGGACAGUGCCGGGAACCCGCGGCUGCUGCUGCAGGAGGCCAAGGUGCGGCUGAUCGACGUCCAGCUGUGCAACAGCAGCCGCUGGUACGGGGGGGCCGUGCACCCCCAGGACCUGUGCGCGGGGUACCCGCGGGGCGGCAUCGACACCUGCCAGGGGGACACCGGGGGUCCCCUGGUCUGCAAGGACAACGUCGGUGACUAUUUCUGGCUGGUGGGACUGACCAGCUGGGGCCGGGGCUGCGCCGGGGCCAAAAGACCCGGGAUUUACACCUCGGUCCAGCACUACCACACCUGGAUCCAGGUGCAGAUGGGGCUGCUCCCACCCGAGGCGGACGCUCCUGCCCCGGAGCCCAUCCCGACCACGCAGGAGCCGGAGCUGGAGCCGGAGCCCGAGUGGGACUGGAGCGAUCUGCUGAGCCCGGACGACAUUGAGCAUCACAGCGCCAUCAGCUUCCAGGAGCACAUCCUGGCCAAAUUCCUGAACCUGCUGCUGGAGCUCCUGCGCUUCCUGAAGGGGAAGAAAGCCUGA